GCCCCCCCCCCCCCCCCCCUGCUGCUCCAGCACUGCUGUGAGGAGAGCUGUGUGUGUGUUUCCUUGUCUCCUGUAACGAUCGCUCCACUUUCACUUUGACCAAGACAGCAUGUCUAAGGGGCCGGCCGUUGGCAUCGACCUGGGCACCACCUAUUCCUGUGUGGGGAUCUUCCAGCAUGGCAAAGUGGAGAUCAUCGCCAACGACCAGGGCAACCGGACCACACCCAGCUACGUGGCAUUCACCGACACCGAGCGCCUGAUCGGAGAUGCAGCCAAGAACCAGGUGGCGAUGAACCCGACCAACACCGUCUUCGAUGCGAAGCGACUGAUUGGCCGGCGCUUCGAUGACCCGGUGGUCCAAUCCGAUAUGAAGCACUGGCCCUUCAAGGUGAUCAACGACGCUGGCCGGCCCAAGAUGGAGGUGGAGUACAAGGGGGAGGUGAAGACCUUCUACCCGGAGGAGGUGUCCUCCAUGGUGCUCACCAAGAUGAAGGAGAUCUCCGAGGCAUACCUGGGGAAGUCCGUGUCGAACGCUGUCAUCACUGUGCCCGCCUACUUCAACGACUCCCAGAGGCAGGCCACCAAAGACGCGGGGACCAUCUCCGGGCUCAACGUGCUGCGCAUCAUCAAUGAGCCGACAGCCGCUGCCAUCGCGUACGGGCUCGACAAGAAGGUGGGCAGCGAGCGGAACGUGCUGAUCUUCGACCUGGGCGGUGGCACCUUCGACGUGUCCAUCCUGACCAUCGAGGAUGGGAUCUUUGAGGUGAAGUCCACGGCCGGCGACACACACCUGGGCGGGGAGGACUUCGACAACCGCAUGGUCAGCCACUUCAUUGCGGAGUUCAAGAGGAAGCACCAGAAGGACAUCGCGGGCAACAAGCGGGCCGUGCGACGCUUGAGGACGGCUUGCGAGAGGGCCAAGCGCACCCUGUCCUCCAGCACGCAGGCCAGCCUUGAGAUCGACUCGCUCUACGAGGGGGCCGACUUCUACACCUCCAUCACGCGGGCACGCUUCGAGGAGCUCAAUGCCGACCUCUUCAGGGGCACCCUGGAGCCUGUGGAGAAGUCGCUCCGGGACGCCAAGAUGGACAAGGCUCAGAUCCACGAGAUUGUGCUGGUCGGGGGCUCCACCCGCAUCCCCAAGAUCCAGAAACUCCUGCAAGAUUUCUUUAAUGGCCGGGAGCUGAACAAGAGCAUCAACCCGGACGAGGCUGUGGCGUAUGGGGCGGCCGUGCAGGCUGCGAUCCUGGCGGGUGACAAGUCUGACAACGUGCAGGACCUGCUGCUGCUGGACGUCACGCCGCUGUCCCUGGGCAUCGAGACGGCCGGAGGAGUGAUGACCGUCCUGAUCAAGCGCAACACCACCAUCCCCACCAAGCAGACCCAGACCUUCACCACCUACUCAGACAACCAGCCCGGG